AAAGACUUUCAACGGGAGUUCAAUAUGUUUGGAUAUUCGGAUAUUCUGAAAAAAAUAUGCAAACCCUUGCAGCACCAUAUUCUCUAAACAUCCAUCACAGACCACAUCGUCAACCCAGAUGGUCAAACCGGUCACCGGCUAGGCCAGUCGGCUGCCUGAGUAACGGGAGCCGGAAGCGGGGCAAAACCGGUAUUGAAAAAUCAUGGCACCCGGUUAGUCUCCGGUUAUUCGGAACAGGCUUCGUCUUGGGUCCCCUCCUUGAUGGUCUCCAUUCCCGGGUUAAUCUUGUUGUCUAUCAAAAUGGAGCUCUUCAGAUUGGCCCUCUUCGUACCAACGUUUGGGUCCCGUUCUUGCUUGGACUCUUUUACUGCAGUGUUGGGCUGCUGCAACUUUUCUUGGAUGGAAGAGCUUCUUCAACUGAGAAGCGCCCAGAUGGCAGCUUGGACAAAACUGUCAUUUCACUCUUGGCACUGGUGGUGUUCAUCGAGCUGAGCGCGGAAAUGUACAAAGCGGGAGUUGCAGACAACGUGGAGGCAUACAUUCUUUUUGCAGCAGCGGAAGUGCUUUGGUUCUCUCUGGACAGAACAUGGUUUUCCUUCGCCAUUGCCUCUCUUAUCGGCACUGUCUGUCCCUUGGCUGAAAUCCCCAUCAUGAAGUUUUUCCACCUGUGGUAUUAUCCAGGGGCAAACAUCGAGAUCUUUGGCCAGGGGUUGGUGACGUGGACGACGACAUGCUACUUUGUGUACACGCCAUUCUUGAUCAACUUGGCACGCUGGCUCAUGGCUACCACUGCUGAUGAUGAUACGCAUGAUGAAACCCGCUAGAACAAUCUAAGGUUUCCAUACCGUUCUUCAACAUCUUGUAAAAGUUCACAUUAGAUACAAACACGAUCCACCAUAAAUCCAUCGACAAGAACUUCGGUUCAACGAGUGAAACAGAACAAUGGAAAACAUGGAAGUAAAGAAGGUGAAGAAGAAGUGGUAGAAUCAUAAUAUCAUCGGUUCAGCUUGUGAAACCUCAGUCGCUGUACAAAAACCUCUGAGAGAAAGAGUUCCAUUGGAUACGUAUGUACAAA